AUGAACGAUCGCCAGGAUAUGAGUGAGAGUCUCGAGGCAAAGCUGGUAGUGCUAGGCACUCAAGGCGUGGGCAAGACUUCGCUCGUCGUCAGAUAUGUCAAAAACACCUUUGAUCCCGCGUCGGCGUCAACGAUAGGCGCUUCAUUUCUUGCCAAGAAGGUUGUGGUCGAUGAUUGCCUUGUGCGGCUACAAAUAUGGGACACCGCCGGUCAAGAGCGCUACCGCUCUAUAUCGAAACUCUACUACCGCUCCGCCAACUGUGGGAUUCUCUGUUAUGACAUAACUUCUGAAGCGUCAUUUCUUGCAAUGCAUUCAUGGCUUCUCGAACUCAAGAAGAACGUAAACAACGAAAACAUCAUCAUCCAUAUCGUAGGGACCAAGGCCGACUUAGUGAACGCCGAUCCGUCGAAACGGGAGGUACCGUUUGAGCGCUGUGUUGCAUAUGCGGCAGAGCAUCUGGGCGAUGAUGAGGCUGCAUCAUGGAUGGGCAUGGAUACAUGUCAUGAGAUAUCGGCGCGAGAUGACCAAGGCGUCGAUGAAGUAUUCCAAGUAAUUGCACGAAAGCUGGUUGAGCGGCGUGCCGAAAUUGAGCGAGUGCGGGGAUACGCUGGCGGAGGUGGGGAAUAUGGGGAUAGCGGGGGCACUAGAGACGGCAUGAGAAUUGAUGCUUCGUUAGACUCGAACGAGAAGAAGGGGGGUGGAAGGUGCUGUUAG